AGCACUUUUUAAAAACCAAAACUGGAAGAAGAAUCCCAUUCUGAUAAUCUCUAGGGUUUAUUCAGCUCGUUCAUUUGGUAAUGGCGUCCACACUUCUGGUUCGGACGGGAAAUUCCUUGAUCAAUCGGUUGCGAUUGAAUUCCACGCAUCAGACUAGCAGGAUUUGGUAUCCCCAAACUUUGUCUCAUGGCCACGGCGCUGAAGUCACUCCGAUGCUGUUUCCUUCACUCUCUAAGCAUCAGACUGCUCAGCAUUUGCAGCAGAAUGAUACCGAAACGGUGAGGAAGCUCGAAUCUGAAGGCAUCUUCUUCCCAUUUGGUCUUCCUUCGCUCCGGUUCUUCUUACCCGACGGAGAUUAUUCUUCCACUCAAGAACCAAUGCUCUUAUUUCCUAAAAGGACUUUUCAACCUAGCACCAUCAGGCGGAAGAGGAAUCAUGGAUUUUUUGCCCGCAAAGCAACCAAGGGUGGGCGUAAAGUGAUUGCUCGAAGGAUUGCGAAGGGGCGAUCAAGAAUAACAGCAUAAUAUGUGUCUCAAAGUCAGGUGUAUUUGAAUUAGCCUGCCAACAUCAACCUCUAUCUUUUGUAGGUUAUGCUACUUUUUUCUAUUAACUUCAGACAAGCUACUCACCGUCUGUAUAAACCUCUCUGUUUUUAUGAUUAUCGUCGUGCAUUAAACCAGUUUCACUUACUUUUA